CCCGGUACCCGUCCUCGUUACAGAGGACGAGGAAGCAUAUUACGAGAGAGAACGAGGGUUGAUUCGACAAAUGAGGGAAAGUGCUUUAGCAGGGUCAUAUCGUAUCAACGAAGGGAACGAGAAGGAGUUGAUCAUAGAGGAGUCUGAUUUCCUGCUGCCUCAGGACCGAACGCUGAUGGUGGAAUUAAUGAAGAGGAAGCAUCGCGCCUACGCAUUUAGUGACGUGGAGCGUGGCAGGCUGGAUGUAGAUAAGAUACCUAUGAUCCGCAUCCACACCGUGCCACACGAGCCUUGGAACAUGAGAGGGGCGCGGUAUCCCAAUCCUGACGAGGAGAGGAAGGUGGUGGAUUAUCUCGACGGCAAGAUACGUACUCACGUCGCCGACUAUUCAAGUGGACCGUAUGCAUCCCCGUGGUUCUGCUUUAUUAAGCCUAACGGGACGCUGCGGUGGGUGCAGGAUUUGCARAGAUUGAAUGCAGUGACCGUGGGAGAUGCUGGAGGACUGCCGAAUGCAGACGCGCUGUCUGACUUUACGAAGACAGCCAUGCCAAGAGGAGGGAAGGGGACACGGCCGCCUCAGAGGCCGUUAGGCGCAUCAGGAGGAUAUGAGCGGCAUGGGCCUCGCCAACGAGAGAGUACUCCAGUCUACAAUGAUGGGGACAUCGAGCUAUUCCUCGACAGUUUCUGGGAGCAUGCGAGGCGUAUGGGCUGGACCGUCACUCAGGCGAUUGAGAGAUUAAGGGGAGCAGGUAGGUUCGAAGAGCCCAUUGCCAGGAUUCGUAGGGAGGCGACGACGAGGCAGGAGGUGGAGAUGAAGAUGGAGGAGUUGCGACCCUCGCCUGUGGGACCUGAUGGUAGGCCAAUCCACCUGGAGAUUGAAAAUGCGUCGGACUUCAUCCCCUCGUUUGAGUGGUUCAUGCAAGAGCAGGGCAUACCGAGAGAUGAUUGGAUGCAGACGCUACCACUCUGGACCAGGAAGGCGGAAAGGCCACUGGCUAUGCAGAUCAGGGACAUGGCACGAGAUUGGGAGAGCUGCAGGGCACAUCUGAGAGAGGCCUUUCGACAGCCAGAGCUCCCUCAGCCCAGAGUCGAGAGGCGGCAGAGGAGUCAGAGGCCGAGGGACCCUAAGCCCAGGGAGGCGAAACCAUCUCGAGGAGGACGGAAGGCCCUAGCCAAGAGAGAGCAGGAGCCAGAGGAUGAGGAGCGAGGGGCAUACCCUGAGUGUCUGUUGGGGCCAGUGGAGUUCCAUCGUUUUACUGAGGGUGGAUUGAGGAGGUCGCCAGCACACACACAGGGGAAGCCACCAGCGUCAGAGGGGCCCUUGAGGGAAUUGGAGAUGCAUUUAGAUAUUUCUCGGUGGAGGGCGUCGCUUCRGGGAGAGGAGCAUGGAGAGCAGGCAGAGGAGGUGUCACGAGGGGAGGUGCCACGAGAGGAGGUGCCACAGGGGGAGAUACCACGAGAGGAGAUGCCGCGGGAGGAGGUAUCACAGGAAGAGAUCCCGGGUACUCAGCAAGAGAGAGGGCUGGGCGAUGAGGGGAGACGUGCAGGGAAGGAAGUGAUAGAGGUUGGAGAGGACACGCCCCCACAGACGCUAGCAAGCCACGCCAGGAGUCAUGCCAGCCCGAGAAGGAGAUGGAAGCAGAAAUCCCAAAGAGGGUCGACCUCCGCACGAGGGAAAGGGUGCCAGCUGGAGAGACGGCCGAAGAAAAGAGGGCAAGACAAAACCAGGCGGAUAGAUGAGAUAUGGCAAGAGAGGCAGAGGUUGGAGGCAGUUGGGGAGCUCCCGGAGCAGCAGCAGGAGAGGCAGAGAUCGGAGGUAGCAGGAGCACUCUCGGGUCAGCCACCCAGCGCGCCAGCCAAGGCCCCGGAGAUUCCUGAGAUGUGGAGAGACUUCUGGAAGCAGAGAGGAGAAGAGCUUCCAUCGCCAGUCAGAGCCGGGUUUGGGGUGGCCAGGAAGGCGGAAGAAAGGUUAGAUCGUAAAAUCAAGUUCCUAGCCAAGACCACAUUUGACCGGCACUUGUUAUUGGAGGGCGAUCUGGCGGGGAAGAAAAUGAAGGAAGCCAGCCAUGGAGUACGUCUGGAGGCUAUGGAGAUGAAAAUUCAGGAACUUAGGGCUUUGGUGGCCAGCCAUGCAGCUAUCAUUGAGAGCCUGAGGCAGCAAACCCAGGGAAAGGUGGACAGACCAGAAAGCAGCCGGCAGGGAGAGCAGAGGCAGUCAGGACAGGGAUUGCCAGGACAGCCAUCUGCGACAGAGCCUCGCCAGGAGCCACCUAUGGAAAGAUUUAUCAUGGAGCCAGAGAAGGCAAGAGCCCAGAGACAGGCAGAGAGAGAGGCGUUUGAGUUUAGAGCCCCUACCGAGCUCGCGACGCUGCCAGUGGCGGCGGCAGGCCCAGUCGUACCUUUGGCAGUAGAGGAGGGGCUGCCACCAUCUAGCAGUGAGCCGGCUCAGGGCUCGGCAGAGGGAUCCAUGGGCGUGCUCCUUGAGGCGGUGCAUACUAUGCAGGAGGAGGUGAGUUUGUUUUCACCUGAGCAGAGGAUAGAGGAGCCUCUUGAGAGAGAGAUGGGGAUUGAGGAGGAGGGUGCCAUCGAGGGCAGACUCCAGAGGAUAGGCACACCUGAGUAUGGACCAGAGGAGAUUGAGGAGCAGCCCACGRCAGUGCYAGGGGCAGCACUCGAGAGGAGGCCUCAGAGGUUGGACACGCCCGAGUACGUUCCAGCGACAGAGGAUUUGAGAGGCAGACUAGGAUUUUGGGCUACUGGAUCUGGGUCUGGUGGACCAGUUCCGGGGACAGAGCGGCAGGAAGUUGUUGGUACCGCAACUCCUCAAGCAGAGCAGGAGGGGGUUAUCAGUACCUUGGCAGGAUCUCCUUCAUCACUACCUCCGCAGCCCAGGAAGAGAAAGUUCAAGAGGAAGGUUGAUCAACUAUGUUUCUACUGCAAGAGGAGCGCACAUCAUGCUUUGCACUGUCUCGAGUUUCUUGAGGAUAAGGCAGCAGGGAAGAUCUCAGAGGUAGGGGGUAAAAUGUAUGAUAGACAGGGUAGGAUAGUAGAGAAGUCCGCAGAUGGGCUUAGGGCUCAGUUAUAUAGGCAAAACCAGGAGGAAUUGAGGAGAUAGGGCCGGCUUUGUCUAUAUAAGCGAACGAGCAUUUUGUGAGGCAUCAACUUAG